UCCCUCGUGGGACGUCGUGUUUGUUUCUUUCCCUCGGGGAGGUUAUUUGCACGCUGGGACCGGGUGGGGGGAGGAGGAGGAGGGGUGACCGCUGGGUGUGAGUGUGCGCUUGUGUGUACGGGGAAGAAUCCUCUGGCUGUUUUGGCGUCUGCUGCGGCUCAGCUGGAAACACCCCCCCCACCCCCCCGAACCCCCUCUCUGCUGCUCUAAGGGGUGAAGCUGCCUCCCCACCUCUCUCCACCUUCACACGGUGUGAGUUUAUCUCUACAUGGGUCUGAGCCCCAGCGGCAGAGCCCCCAUCGAUUCCCGCUGCAGCCCUUGGCCUCUGGCUACCAGGCAGCGGACAGGCACCUUGCCUUCCCCUUCUGUGGGAAGGCAGACAUCAUGGAGGAAAACUCAGCUGAUGGUCCGGACUCCAGCACUCAAGACGAUGUGCCUCCCCUCGCUGUGAAGGAUGUCAAUGUCCUGCUCGAGAGAGAAAGGUCAGAGGACACCAGCACCCCCUCCAGAGAUGACGACUCCACCCUGCUGAACCCGGGCACCCACAGCAGCAUCCUUGACGAAAACACAAAGUCUGAUUCUGGCCUCCCAGAGGCAAGGAGUAAGUCCAGCGGCCUUUGUUUCAGCGAUGGAAAGAGCCGCAUCGACUACAUCCUGGUUUACAGGAAGUCCAACUCACAAUCAGAGAAGAGGGAGAUAUUUGAGCGGAACAUCCGUGCGGAGGGUUUACAGAUGGAAAAGGAGGCCUCCUUAACAAACAGCGAUGUGAUCUUUCUGAAGCUUCAUGCACCAUGGGAUGUUCUCUGCCAUUAUGCAGAAGUCAUGAACAUCCGCAUGCCUUUUAGGAGAAAAUUCUUUUACAUGCACCGACGCCACAAGUUCAUGAGCAGGAUGGAGAAGCGCAUCAACAAAUUUCGUGGCUGGCUUCCCCGUAAGCCCAUGAAGUUUGACAAUGACACUCUGCCCGACCUGGAGGAGAAUGAGAGCUUUACCGCCCCCUUCAGUCGAUCGAGGGUACAUCAUUUUAUCAUCCACAACAAAGACACAUUUUUCAACAACGCCACCAGGAGUCGCAUCGUCCACCACAUCCUCCAAAGGGUCAAAUAUGAGGAGGGGAAAAACAAAAUGGGGCUUAAUCGUCUUUUGAGCAAUAGUUCAUAUGAAGCAGCUUUCCCUCUUCAUGAGGGGAGCUAUCAUAGCAAAAACUCCAUCAGAACACAUGGAGCAGAGAACCAUCGGCACCUGCUGUACGAAUGCUGGGCUUGGUGGGGGGUUUGGUACAAAUACCAGCCGCUGGAUCUCAUUAGGAGGUAUUUUGGGGAGAAAAUUGGUCUGUAUUUCGCCUGGCUCGGCUGGUACACAGGAAUGCUGUUUCCUGCAGCUCUGGUCGGCCUCCUGGUAUUCCUGUACGGCAUGUUCACUCUGGAGCAGUGCCAGGUCAGUAAAGAAAUCUGCCAGGCCACUGACAUCAUCAUGUGCCCCAUCUGUGACCAGUACUGCCCCUACCUGAAACUGUCAGACAGCUGCAUCUAUGCCAAGGUCACUCAUCUCUUUGACAACGGGGCGACUGUUUUCUUUGCUGUGUUCAUGGCUGUUUGGGCAACAGUCUUCCUUGAGUUCUGGAAAAGGCGCAGAGCCGUCCUCGCAUACGACUGGGACCUCAUUGACUGGGAGGAAGAAGAGGAUGAAAUACGCCCCCAGUUUGAGGCCAAAUACUCAAAGAAAGAGAGGACGAACCCCAUAUCUGGAAAGCCUGAGCCUUACCAAGACUUCACAGACAAAUACAGUCGUCUCAUCGUCUCAGCAUCUGGGAUAUUCUUCAUGAUAUUGGUGGUGAUCGCCGCUGUGUUUGGCAUCGUCAUUUAUCGCGUGAUCACCGUCAGCACCUUUGCCGCGUUUGGCUGGGCUCUCAUCAGGAACAACUCUCAGGUGGCGACUACGGGCACAGCGGUCUGCAUCAACUUCUGCGUCAUCAUGCUUCUCAAUGUGCUCUAUGAAAAAGUUGCUCUCUUGCUCACUAAUUUAGAGCAACCAAGGACAGAGUCGGAGUGGGAGAACAGCUUCACCCUCAAGAUGUUCCUUUUUCAGUUCGUCAACCUCAACAGUUCAACUUUCUACAUCGCCUUCUUUUUGGGAAGAUUUACAGGUCGGCCUGGUGCAUAUCUACGCCUCAUCAAUCGCUGGAAACUGGAAGAAUGCCACCCCAGUGGUUGUCUCAUCGACCUCUGCAUGCAGAUGGGGAUCAUCAUGGUGCUAAAACAGACCUGGAACAACUUCAUGGAGCUUGGCUACCCGCUUAUCCAGAACUGGUGGACGCGGCGGCGGCUGAGGAGAGAGCACGGAAAGAAGGCUAAGGCCAGCUUCCCACAGUGGGAGAGGGAUUACAACCUACAGCCGAUGAAUGCCUACGGUCUCUUUGAUGAAUACUUGGAGAUGAUUCUACAGUUCGGAUUCACCACCAUCUUUGUGGCAGCCUUCCCUCUGGCGCCUCUCUUAGCGCUGCUGAACAACAUCAUUGAGAUCCGCUUAGAUGCCUACAAGUUUGUCACACAGUGGCGGCGACCUCUGCCAUCACAAGCCAAAGACAUAGGGAUCUGGUACGGUAUUCUAGAGGGGAUCGGUAUAUUGUCCGUCAUCACCAACGCCUUUGUCAUCGCUGUUACCUCAGACUUCAUCCCUCGCCUUGUUUAUGCCUACAAGUAUGGGCCCUGUGCUGGUCAGGGCCGAGCAGGGGAGGGGUGUAUGAUGGGUUACGUCAACGCCAGUCUCUCAGUUUUCCUCGUGUCUGACUUUGAGAAGAGAUCACAGCCGAGGACGAAUGGCUCGGAGCUGAUAAAAGAAGCUGUGAAGUAUUGCAGAUAUCGUGACUACAGGGAGCCUCCAGACUCUGCUGAUCCCUAUUCGUACACACUGCAGUUCUGGCACGUCCUGGCAGCCCGGCUGGCAUUCAUCAUUGUUUUUGAGCACAUGGUCUUUGCCAUCAAGACUCUGAUUGCAUACCUGAUCCCCGACCUUCCAAAGGACCUUCGAGAUCGAAUGCGUAGGGAGAAGUACCUGAUCCAGGAGAUGAUGUAUGAAGCCGAACUGGAGAGACUGCAGAAGGAGAAAAAUGAGAAAAAGAAGAAUGAUGUGGCCCACCACAAGGAAUGGCCCUGA